AUGCCUCUGCAGAGUGAAGCCUCCCUCAAGUAUCAUCUUCAUUGCUUAGGGCCACGGCGCAGCAUCGCAGGUUACCCGUGCGAGUGGGUGGCCACCGCAAGAUUCACGCUGGGCGCCACGGGGGAAGUUCUCAUGGAUAUGAGACUGGAGUCGGGAGAAGAUUUUCAGGCGUCUCCUUAA